AUGCAAUCGCCAUUUCUACACCUCUGCAAAAGCUUCGUUUCUUCGCCGCUUCCAUGCCAAAACCAAACUCUAUGCUCUGGCUUUCAGAAUCCUCUUCGAAUCCCUUCAAUCCCCAAUUUCCGGCGACCGAACAACGACAACGAGAGAAGAAGAAUCGUCGCGCAGAGCUACAGACCAAACGACGGAAAUAGCCGUCCGGGAAACAAAGAGAAAACGACUCUAAAAGGUAACAAAGAGAAUGUAUGGAGCGUAGACAACGAAAUGGCGGAGAAAGAGAAGCGUAAAGGGAAACCAAAAGGUAGAGGAGGAAGAGGAAAAAGAUUAGGUCGAAGAAGAAAGGGUAAAUUCGGUAGGGUUUUAGUUUCGGGGACUAUGUUAAUGGAGACUGAAACUGUUCUUCAAACUCAGGAGCCUGUGAUAAAGCCAAUUUGGAGAACAUUUGCGAGUAGUGUAAGUGGGAUAUGGAAAGGUGUAGGAGCUGUGUUUUCUCCAAUUACUGCAGAAAUGGAGCCUCUUGAAAUUGGGAAGAAGAAUGAGAAUCUUUAUGAUUGUUAUACACUUUCUCGAAUCGAAGCUUUACCUUCUUCUUCUACAUCAUCUGAGAUACAGAGGAAAAUCAAUUGGGUUACUUUGAAUCCUCAUGGAGAGUUUUUUCAGAAUGCUGAGAGUGAAGAGGUAGACCAGACUGGUGUAGAUAGCCUUUUGCCUAAGUUCGAAUCUUUUAACUUGAAAGCAAGUGAUGUUAUGGAAGAGGAUUCCAUGGGAGACGAGCCUGGACUCGUUUACUUCGAGGACGGAUCGUAUUCAAGAGGUCCAGUUAAAAUCCCUGUUGGAGAGGACAGCGAAUCGAACUAUUACCUCACACCGACUUUCAAGUUCGAACAGUGUCUGGUAAAGGGUUGCCAUAAGAGAGUAAGAGUAGUCCACACAAUAGAAUUCACCAAUGGUGGUGCGGAUAUACAGAUAAUGAGAGUUGGUGUUUACGAAGAACAGUGGGUUAGUCCUUCAAAUUACGAAGACCAAAGUAACAACGACGCACCACUGGAGUUAAAACCGUUCUCACAGAGAAAACGCACACAACCAUCAGAACUAACAGGAUCAUGGAAAGUAUUUGAAGUAAGUGCAACUCCAAUCUACGGAGUAGAAGAAGACGAAAUCGAGUUUACAGGUGAAACCACUCCAUAUGUGUACCUGUGCACAGAAGCUUUGAAAAGAAGGAACUUACCGGAAACCUCGGUUUCGUUCGGAGAUGAAGAGAUGGUAGAUAUGCAAGAUGUGUCUGUAAUGUGGCUUCCUGGUGGUGUGACCGCUUACGUCGAUGUGAAGAAAGAUGGAGUCUUGUGUGUUGGAGUUGGAUGGUAUUCAGAUGAAGGAAUCAAUCUUGUGAUGGAGAGAGAUUAUGGUUUAGAUGGGAAUCUUAAAGAAGUUAGAUCCAAAUCUGAAGUUAAGAGACGAUGGACCCAAGAACCUAAGUAA